AUGGCAGCGGUUGAGCAUGCGCACUCGGCGCAUAAGAUGGAUGACACGUUCGAGCAGCUGUUAAAACCGGUCUACAAGGGCAAGAAACUUGCUGAUGCUAUCAAUACGGCGGAAGAUAAGUGGCAUUUGCUCCCAGCCUUUCUGAAGGUAAAGGGUUUGGUCAAGCAGCACUUGGAUUCGUUUAAUUACUUCGUGGAUGUAGACUUAAAGAAAAUCAUUAAGGCUAACGAAAUGGUGCUUAGUGAUGUGGACCCCGAGUUCUAUCUCAAAUAUGUGGAUAUCCGGGUCGGGCGAAGGUCUAACUCGAGCAAGAUUGAUAUGACGCCGCCUCAUGAGUGCCGACUAAGAGAUAUGACCUACAGUGCUCCGAUCUUUGUGGAUAUCGAAUACACUCGAGGACGGUCUAUCGUGCUGCACAAGGAUGUGGAGAUCGGCAAGAUGCCUAUUAUGCUUCGGUCCAAUAAGUGUAUCUUGAAUGGAGCCUCGGAAGAGGUGAUGGCAAAAUUAAACGAAUGCCCGCUAGAUCCCGGUGGAUACUUCAUUGUUAACGGUACGGAAAAAGUCAUUUUGGUUCAAGAACAACUGUCCAAGAAUCGUAUUAUCGUUGAGGCUGAUGAAAAGAAGGCUAUUGUGCAGGCUUCGGUUACGUCUUCCACACACGAGAGAAAAUCGAAGACAUACGUGGUUACUAAGAAUGAUAAGAUCUACCUUAAGCAUAACUCCAUUGCAGAAGAAGUGCCUAUUGUUAUAGUACUAAAGGCAUGUGGCAUAGUAUCGGAUCUGGAAAUAAUGCAGUUGGUUUGUGGCAAUGACAGCAGCUACCAGGAUAUAUUUGCGAUUAACUUUGAAGAAGCGUCAAAGAUGAACAUCUACACUCAGCAGCAAGCUUUGGAGUAUAUCGGCACCAAAGUUAAGACGAUUAGGCGACAGAAGUUAACCGUUUUACAGGAAGGUAUUGAGGCCAUUGCCACCACCGUGAUCGCCCAUUUGACUGUAGAAGCACUUGACUUCAGGGAAAAAGCUUUGUACGUCGCUAUGAUGACCAGAAGGGUUAUCAUGGCAAUCCAUAACCCUAAAAUGGUUGAUGACAGAGAUUAUGUCGGUAAUAAGCGUUUGGAAUUGGCUGGUCAGUUGAUGUCUCUGUUAUUUGAAGAUCUUUUCAAGAAGUUUAACAAUGACUUUAAAGCUAGCAUUGAUAAAGUACUCAAGAAACCUAACAGAGCGGAGAUGUAUGAUGCUCUUUUGUCAAUUAACGUCCAUUCUAACAAUAUCACCUCGGGAUUGAAUAGAGCUAUCUCCACUGGUAAUUGGUCGUUAAAGAGAUUUAAGAUGGAACGUGCUGGUGUUACCCAUGUCUUGAGUAGGCUUUCUUAUAUUUCUGCUCUGGGUAUGAUGACAAGAAUUUCUUCGCAGUUCGAAAAAUCUAGAAAGGUUUCUGGUCCUAGAGCUUUGCAACCCUCGCAGUUCGGUAUGUUGUGUACAUCCGAUACGCCGGAAGGUGAGGCCUGUGGGUUGGUUAAGAACUUAGCAUUGAUGACACAUAUUACCACGGAUGAUGAAGAGGAGCCAAUAAAGAAUCUUUGCUACUUACUGGGCGUGGAAGACAUUACAUUGCUAGAUAGUGCAUCCAUUCAUUUAAAUUACGGUGUUUAUUUGAAUGGUACUAUCAUCGGUACAACUAGAUUCCCCGCCAGGUUUGUUAACCAGUUUAGACUAUUGAGAAGAACUGGUAAAGUAUCCGAGUUCAUUUCCAUCUAUACCAACAGUCAUCAAAAAGCUGUGCAUAUUGCGACGGAUGGUGGCAGAAUCUGUAGACCUCUUAUUAUUGUUCGGAACGGGAAAUCUAUGGUCACAGCAGGCCACCUCAGAAGACUUCUAGAAGGCGAAUUACAAUUUGAUGAUUUCUUGAAACUGGGGUUAGUUGAGUAUUUGGAUGUUAACGAGGAAAAUGAUUCCUACAUUGCACUGUAUGAAAAGGAUAUCGAAGAGGGUACUACUCAUUUAGAAAUAGAACCUUUUACUGUUCUAGGUGCGGUGGCAGGUUUGAUUCCAUAUCCGCAUCAUAAUCAGUCUCCACGUAACACAUACCAAUGUGCUAUGGGUAAACAAGCCAUUGGAGCAAUUGCAUACAACCAAUUUAAACGGAUUGAUACAUUAUUAUAUCUAAUGAUUUAUCCUCAGCAACCAAUGGUUAAGAGCAAAACCAUUGAACUUAUUGAUUACGAUAAACUACCCGCUGGACAAAAUGCCACUGUUGCUGUUAUGUCCUACUCAGGUUAUGAUAUCGAAGAUGCUCUAGUUAUUAACAAAUCUUCCAUUGACAGAGGCUUUGGCCGCUGUGAGACUCGGAAGAAGACUACAACAAUUCUAAAACGUUACCCUAACCAUACUCAGGAUAUUAUUGGAGGUAUGCGGGUUGACGAAAAUGGUGAACCUAUAUGGCAGCACCAGUCGCUGGGUCCCGAUGGUCUUGGCGAGGUUGGAAUGAAGGUCACAAGCGGGCAAAUAUAUAUCAAUAAAUCCAUUCCAACUAACGCAUCUGAUAGCGUUCUCAACCAGGUACAAUCUCAGUACAGGGAGGCGCCUAUCAUCUACAGAGCACCAGAACCUUCUCACAUUGACCAGGUUAUGAUGUCUGUUUCCGAUAACGAUCAAGCGCUGAUCAAGGUCCUGCUACGGCAAAAUAGACGGCCAGAACUUGGUGAUAAAUUCUCCUCCAGGCACGGACAGAAGGGUGUCUGUGGCAUCAUUGUCCAGCAGGAGGAUAUGCCCUUUAAUGAUCAGGGUAUUUGCCCAGAUAUCAUCAUGAAUCCUCACGGUUUCCCGUCUCGUAUGACUGUGGGUAAGAUGCUUGAGUUAGUUUCUGGUAAGGCAGGCGUUCUGAAUGGCACGCUGGAAUAUGGUACCUGUUUCGGCGGCUCGCAGUUGGCAGACAUGUCGGAAAUUUUAGUCAACAAUGGCUUCAAUUAUUCUGGUAAGGAUAUGUUGUACUCCGGUAUCACGGGCGAGUGUUUACAGGCAUAUGUGUUUUUCGGACCGAUCUACUAUCAGAAGUUGAAGCACAUGGUUCUGGAUAAAAUGCAUGCCCGUGCGCGAGGACCAAGAGCUGUGCUGACCCGUCAGCCUACCGAGGGUAGGUCCCGUGAUGGUGGUUUAAGAUUGGGAGAAAUGGAAAGAGACUGUGUUAUUGCGUAUGGUGCUUCGCAGCUACUGCUAGAAAGAUUGAUGUUGAGCUCAGAUGCUUUUGAGGUCGAUGUUUGCAACAAGUGUGGUUUAAUGGGCUACAGUGGCUGGUGUACAUCCUGUAAGAGUGCGGAGCACAUUAUAAAAAUGACCAUCCCAUACGCAGCCAAGCUGCUAUUCCAGGAGCUUCUCUCUAUGAAUAUAGCGCCAAGACUCAAGCUGGAGGAUGUGUUCCAAUCGUAG